AUGCUGGUUAGCACAUUAAUAUUGCGAUCAUCAACCCUAUAUCACGUUCGGCAGACUUCAGCCUGGUCACCCGCAGAUAUCUCUGUGCAAUACGACCAAGUGAGAUACAACAUCACAUCGAAGGGCAAUCCCUUCGUCGGCGCUGGACCAGAAGUUGACAGAGUAUGGAGGGAGAUUUCUUACGACAUGGGCGAUCAAUGGAUAUCACAGUCUGACAUCUCGAAGUUGGAUAUGCCAGAGACCUCCCUUAAGGUCAAUCAUCCUACCACCGGAGAGGAAGGGUAUAGAGUUGGCAUGGAAGUCUUUCACCACUUGCACUGCCUGAACCUUUUGAGAAGGGUUACCUAUAGGGAAUACUACGAACCUCUUGGUGGAGAGUUCAGUCAUGGUCCAGAAGUCCUUCAAGCACACACAGAUCACUGCAUCGAGGUGCUCCGUCAAAACAUUCAGUGUAACGCAGACAUUGGUCUUUUCACUUUCUAUAUGAUUCCAGGCGACCCACUCGCUUGGCCCGAACUGAAUUCGAAACACGUUUGUCGGAAUUUCGAGGGGGUGCGCAAGUGGGCGCUAGAUCACUCUGUUGGAAAUAUGGAGGUGUUGGAGCACUAA